UCGGAGUCACAUGGAUACAAAGCUUUUGAUUAAUGUCCAAGUCACUGCUGUGGCUGCCGAAGUCGCUUCCCCUCCAGUCCCGGCCGUGUGAGGCCAGAGCAGCGGGACCGGGCGCGCAGGGCCUGGCCGGAGCCCCAACUCCCAGGAAUUUUCUCUGCCCCAGCUCGAUCCCCUCCUCUCCCUGCGCCCAGGCUCUCCCCAGCAUGUAAAGUCGUCUGUCCCUCCUCGGAGUUGGCGGAGGCGGCAACUUUCCAUUCUCGCCGCCGGGGGCCGGGCAGCAGCGAGCGCGCGGGUCAGCGCUCAGCACGGCGGGCAGCGCCGCGCACCGCCGCCGACCAUGAGCGAGGACAGCCGCGGGGACGGCCGCGCCGAGAGCGCCAAGGACCUGGAGAAGCAGCUUCGCCUGCGCGUGUGCGUGCUCAGCGAGCUCCAGAAGACCGAGCGGGACUAUGUGGGCACACUGGAGUUCCUGGUGUCGGCAUUCUUACACCGAAUGAACCAGUGUGCAGCAUCAAAAGUUGACAAAAAUGUGACAGAAGAAACAGUGAAGAUGUUGUUCUCAAACAUUGAAGACAUCCUUGCAGUACAUAAAGAAUUCUUAAAAGUCGUGGAAGAAUGCUUACACCCCGAACCUAAUGCUCAACAAGAAGUGGGAACCUGCUUUCUUCACUUUAAAGACAAGUUUCGUAUCUAUGAUGAAUAUUGUAGUAACCAUGAGAAAGCACAAAAAUUACUUCUUGAACUCAACAAAAUAAGAACAAUCCGGACAUUUCUUUUGAACUGCAUGCUGCUUGGAGGACGGAAGAACACAGAUGUUCCCUUGGAAGGAUAUUUAGUAACACCAAUACAAAGAAUAUGCAAGUACCCUCUCAUUUUGAAGGAGCUGCUGAAGCGGACUCCACGGAAACACAGUGACUAUGCAGCAGUGAUGGAAGCCCUCCAAGCCAUGAAAGCUGUCUGUUCCAACAUAAAUGAGGCCAAGAGACAGAUGGAGAAGUUAGAAGUUUUAGAGGAAUGGCAGUCUCACAUUGAAGGCUGGGAGGGGUCCAACAUCACUGACACCUGCACUGAAAUGCUAAUGUGUGGAGUCUUACUGAAAAUUUCUUCUGGAAAUAUUCAAGAACGAGUGUUUUUUCUUUUCGAUAACCUUUUGGUGUACUGCAAAAGAAAACACAGACGAUUGAAGAACAGCAAGGCAUCUACAGAUGGACAUCGGUACCUUUUUCGUGGCCGGAUCAACACGGAGGUGAUGGAAGUGGAGAAUGUGGAUGAUGGCACUGCUGAUUUCCAUAGCAGUGGACACAUUGUUGUUAAUGGAUGGAAGAUACAUAACACAGCAAAAAAUAAAUGGUUUGUUUGUAUGGCAAAAACACCUGAAGAGAAGCAUGAAUGGUUUGAAGCUAUUUUGAAAGAAAGAGAACGGCGGAAAGGUUUAAAAUUAGGAAUGGAGCAAGAUACCUGGGUAAUGAUUUCUGAACAGGGUGAGAAACUUUAUAAAAUGAUGUGCAGACAAGGAAAUCUGAUCAAAGACAGAAAAAGAAAACUGACUACGUUCCCUAAAUGCUUUCUUGGAAGCGAAUUUGUGUCAUGGCUGUUGGAAAUUGGAGAGAUUCACAGGCCUGAGGAAGGUGUGCACUUGGGACAAGCAUUAUUAGAAAAUGGAAUCAUUCACCAUGUUACUGAUAAACAUCAGUUCAAACCAGAACAGAUGUUAUAUAGAUUUCGCUAUGAUGAUGGAACAUUUUAUCCAAGAAAUGAGAUGCAGGAUGUGAUUUCAAAGGGUGUAAGAUUAUAUUGUCGUCUUCAUAGCCUUUUUACUCCAGUGAUAAGAGAUAAAGAUUACCAUUUAAGGACCUACAAAUCUGUGGUCAUGGCCAACAAACUGAUAGACUGGUUAAUUGCACAGGGAGAUUGCCGCACCAGAGAAGAGGCAAUGAUAUUUGGCGUUGGACUCUGUGACAAUGGAUUUAUGCACCAUGUCCUUGAAAAAAGCGAAUUCAAAGAUGAACCCCUACUUUUCCGGUUUUUUUCGGAUGAGGAAAUGGAAGGAUCAAAUAUGAAACAUCGACUUAUGAAACAUGACUUAAAGGUUGUGGAAAAUGUUAUAGCUAAGUCAUUACUGAUUAAAUCCAAUGAAGGCAGCUAUGGCUUUGGGCUAGAAGACAAAAACAAAGUUCCAAUAAUAAAGUUGGUAGAAAGGGGAUCUAAUGCUGAGAUGGCUGGCAUGGAAGUUGGGAAAAAGAUUUUUGCUAUUAAUGGAGACCUAGUUUUUAUGAGACCUUUCAGUGAAGUCGACUGCUUCCUGAAAUCGUGUUUAAACAGCAGAAAACCUCUAAGAGUUCUUGUGAGCACGAAACCAAGAGAGACAGUGAAAAUUCCAGAUUCAGCUGAUGGACUUGGCUUCCAGAUCCGAGGAUUUGGCCCUUCCGUUGUGCAUGCUGUAGGAAGAGGAACUGUGGCUGCAGCAGCUGGCCUUCACCCUGGACAGUGCAUUAUCAAGGUGAAUGGAAUCAAUGUAAGCAAAGAGACACAUGCCAGUGUCAUUGCACACGUUACAGCCUGCAGGAAGUACAGGCGGCCAAUGAAGCAAGAUUCCAUACAAUGGGUUUAUAAUAGCAUUGAGAGUGCUCAAGAAGACCUUCAAAAAUCUCACUCCAAGCCCCCUGGAGAUGAAGCAGGGGAUGCUUUUGACUGUAAAGUAGAAGAGGUUAUUGACAAAUUCAACACUAUGGCCAUCAUUGACGGGAAGAAGGAGCAUGUGAGUCUGACAGUGGACAAUGUCCACCUGGAGUAUGGUGUCGUAUAUGAGUAUGACAGCACAGCUGGCAUCAAGUGCAAUGUGGUGGAAAAGAUGAUUGAGCCCAAAGGUUUCUUCAGCUUAACUGCCAAGAUUCUUGAAGCCCUGGCUAAAAGUGAUGAGCAUUUCGUACACAACUGCACCAGCCUAAAUUCUCUAAAUGAAGUGAUUCCUACUGACCUUCAGAGUAAAUUCAGUGCCCUUUGCAGUGAAAGAAUUGAACACAUAUGUCAGAGAAUAUCCAGUUAUAAAAAGUUUUCUCGUGUACUGAAGAAUAGAGCCUGGCCUACUUUUAAACAGGCCAAAUCUAAAAUCUCCCCACUGCACAGCAGUGAUUUCUGCCCUACCAACUGCCAUGUCAACGUGAUGGAAGUUUCUUAUCCCAAAACAUCAACCUCUUUGGGAAGUGCAUUUGGUGUUCAGUUGGAUAGUAGGAAGCAUCAUGCUCAUGAUAAAGAAAACAAAUCUUCGGAGCAAGGGAAACUGAGCCCUAUGGUGUACAUUCAGCACACCAUCACAACCAUGGCGGCCCCUUCAGGUCUGUCUCUGGGACAGCAGGAUGGCCAUGGUCUCAGGUAUCUGCUGAAAGAAGAAGACUUAGAAACCCAAGACAUCUAUCAGAAACUGCUGGGUAAACUUCAGAUUGCACUGAAAGAGGUGGAGAUGUGUGUUUGUCAAAUAGAUGACCUUCUGUCUUCAAUAACAUAUUCUCCUAAAUUAGAACGUAAGACAUCGGAGGGCAUAAUACCAACAGACAGUGACAAUGAGAAGGGAGAAAGAAACAGCAAACGGGUCUGUUUUAAUGUAGCAGGAGAUGAACAGGAAGAUUCUGGUCAUGAUACCAUCAGCAACAGAGACUCUUACAGUGACUGCAACAGCAAUAGGAAUUCCAUCGCCUCCUUCACCAGCAUCUGCAGCAGCCAGUGCAGCUCGUAUUUCCACAGUGAUGAAAUGGACUCAGGUGAUGAACUUCCCCUAAGUGUUCGCAUUUCUCAUGAUAAACAGGACAAGAUACAUAGUUGCCUUGAGCAUCUUUUCAGCCAGGUGGAUUCAAUUACCAAUCUCCUAAAAGGGCAGGCUGUUGUGAGGGCCUUUGACCAAACCAAGUAUCUCACUCCAGGCCGAGGAUUGCAAGAAUUUCAACAGGAAAUGGAACCAAAGCUGAGUUGUCCAAAAAGGCUACGGCUUCAUAUCAAGCAAGACCCCUGGAAUCUUCCCAGCAGCGUCCGGACUCUUGCUCAGAACAUCAGGAAAUUUGUUGAAGAGGUGAGGUGUAGGAUACUCCUGGCUCUUCUUGAAUAUUCAGAUAGUGAGACACAGCUCCGUAGAGACAUGGUUUUCUGCCAGACUCUUGUGGCCACUGUCUGUGCCUUCUCUGAGCAGCUCAUGGCGGCCUUGAACCAGAUGUUUGACAACAGCAAGGAAAAUGAGAUGGAAACUUGGGAAGCCAGCAGGAGGUGGCUGGACCAGAUAGCGAAUGCAGGUGUUCUUUUUCACUUUCAGUCACUUCUGUCACCAAACUUGACAGAUGAACAAGCCAUGUUAGAAGAUACACUGGUUGCACUAUUUGAUUUGGAAAAGGUUUCCUUUUACUUUAAACCAUCAGAAGAGGAACCCCUGGUUGCAAAUGUUCCUCUUACAUAUCAAGCAGAAGGAAGUCGGCAAGCUCUGAAAGUUUACUUCUACGUUGAUAGUUAUCAUUUUGAACAACUUCCUCAACGGUUGAAAAAUGGAGGAGGGUUUAAAAUUCAUCCUGUUCUUUUUGCGCAAGCACUGGAGAGCAUGGAAGGAUAUUAUUACAGAGACAAUGUUUCCGUGGAAGAAUUUCAAGCUCAGAUAAAUGCAGCCUCACUGGAAAAGGUCAAACAGUACAACCAGAAGCUCAGGGCAUUCUACUUGGACAAGUCAAAUUCACCACCAAACUCCACAUCCAAAGCUGCCUAUGUAGAUAAGCUAAUGAGGCCUCUCAACGCUUUGGAUGAACUUUACCGACUGGUAGCCUCGUUUAUCAGAUCCAAGCGCACAGCUGCCUGUGCAAACACAGCGUGCAGUGCCUCUGGGGUUGGACUGCUGUCAGUUUCCUCGGAGCUGUGCACCAGGCUAGGCGCCUGCCACAUCCUCAUGUGCAGCAGCGGUGUGCAUCGGUGCACCCUGAGCGUGACGCUGGAGCAAGCCAUCAUUUUGGCCAGAAGCCACGGAUUGCCACCUCGCUACAUCAUGCAGGCUACAGAUGUGAUGCGGAAGCAGGGAGCAAGAGUUCAGAACACAGCGAAGAAUUUGGGAGUCAGAGACCGGACCCCACAGUCUGCACCAAGGCUGUACAAGCUGUGCGAGCCGCCUCCCCCAGCUGGAGAAGAAUGAAAAGAAUUCCCAAGAAACCAGGCAGGCAGAAGCUCCUGAAUGCUGGACUAGACAAACUACAUGCUGGCUAAACAUUCUCCACUGAAGACAAAUCAAUGCUCCUUUUUUUUUUUUUUUUUUUUUCUGUAAAUCUUUCUCCCCAUUGCAAACAAGUAGUGUUCAGUUUAUACUUGGAUAUUUAUGCUGGAAAUGGAAAGAAGUUCAAUCAGACAGUUCAGCAUCACAAACUGAUGUCUCUCUAUAUUGACAUUAAGUAUUCACUUUUAGAGUAAAAUCCAUCCCUGGAACAUAAAGAAAAAAAUAUUAGAGAUUUAAAAAUUAACCACCAUGCCUCCUCUCCCAUUCAUUGAAAUUGUGUUAUUACGUUUUUUUUUCAUCUUUUCCAAGUGGACACACGUAAUAAUGGAGAGUUCCUCUUGAAGAAGGCUAUUAUUGAAGAAACCUGGUGACAUUUUGCAAAUCAUGAAAAAUGUUAAGGACAAUAUGGACUGUGUGGUAUAGAUUUUCAGUCCCCCAUUUGCAAGAGUGAAAGUCAUUAAUGUGUAAAAGGUGUGAAAAGCAUGCUUUACUCUUUCUCCUCAGGGCUUAUUUCUUAUUAGAGGAGAAGAGAGCUGACUAAGGCCUCCAGCAAGACUCACUUUCUUCUAGCUGCCUUUGGGCAUCCUUUUUUCUUGUGGACAGCUCUAGCAAAUCAGUGCUAUUUUUGGUGUCUGCAAUGGGCAUGGCUUCCUUGGGCCACGUAUACUGGGUGCUGUGCCAUAAUGGCCCUGGGGAUCAGAGAAGUGCAGGGAGGGGAACCAGGAUGAAGAAGGGGACAAUAAGCCUAUUUUAAAACUAAACCUUUAACUUAGAUACCUAAAACUCUUAAUUUUAUGAAGGCUCUCAUAUGAGAGGUCAGACUCUUCAAAGAAUACAACAUCAUGAGACUUUUUCGGUCAAGAUAUAUGUAUAAGAUAUGAAAAUAAGGCUUUAUUUGUACUUGUAAAGGACCGUUAGGGAGCUUGAUAAUUUGUGGACGCACAAGGUAUAUUCUAUCCUCAUUCUAAAGUGUAUGUAAUGUUUAUCAUUUCCACAUUGAUGCAACAACAUUGUUUUUAGCAUAGUAAAUACAGUAAUACUUAUUUUAAAUCCAUAAUUUUCAAACAAAACAUUCAUGAUUGUGGUAAUUAUAUGGACUUACGCUAAUUUAGUAUGUGAAAUGCUUUUCACAUCUAAAGUAUGUGCAAACCAUUAUUAAUUUUUUUUAAAAUUUUUUGAAGCUGAGUCUCACUCUGUUACCCAGACUGGAGUGCAGUGGUGCGAUCU